GGGACUUGGGACGAGUCUCUAACCAACUCUCCACCGCUUUCGGAGGAUGAUAAUUCCGCGGCUGGGUUUCCCUGAUGAGGGAAGAGAUGGCGACGUCGGAACGUCGGGUGGUGCGAUCGGUCAUGUCAACGCGCGACUCGAUCAUCCGAGAAAUUGUCAGGGAUUAUUCACCGCUGCUCGCUCGAAAUGUCAACCUGUCAUGACGACAAAAGCAUAACGUGCUUGUAAACACUGGCAAAAAAUGUUCGAUGAAUCCAUCUUGCUUUACGUUUCCAUUUUUUAAUCUUGACAAAAAUACGAUUCCACUUAAUUUCUGUUGACAAAAUCCAUAAGUUUGUUGUCAGUUGCAAACUCGUGUUUCGUCCUGUAGAUAUUUUUUAAAUUGUUAACGCAAUCAAUCGGCUUUGUGCUCCAAACACUUCAUUUUAUUAUUUAUUCUUUGUGCUCUAAUAUUUUUAAUGUCUCGUGAUUGAAUUAAAGAAUGUAUUAAUAAUUUUAAAAAAGAAAAAGAAAAUAGAAUUGUCUUGUAAAAUAUAUAAACUCUCUAUAAUAUAUACAAGAUGCAUAUUAAUGUUAUGUAAUUAAACAUUAACAAUGCACAUUGUACACAGUCAAAUUAGUGACGAUUUUUUAUGAAAGACGGAACAGGAGAAACGUGGAAUAUUUUCCUAAAGGUGUAUCCAGUCCAGAAUGAAAGAAGUACAGUGGCAGAAGAACUUAUAUGAGAACUAUGGACUUCCAGACAAUUACACGGAUAGUUCCUUUUUAGAGCAAUUGCGUAAAAAUAUAAAACCAAAUAACAUUACCUUGAUAGAAGCAAUAAGCUUGGGCGCCAGCAUUUCUACAAGAUUGAGUGUCGUCGUACUUUUCGUCAUAAUAUUUAUUUGGCUGAACAACGAAUGGAUCACGCCAGAUGUUGUUGUGAUAUCAGGAAGUGUAUUGACGAUUCUUGGGUAUUUCCUGUACAACGUGAAGAUACCUGAUCGACCUGUGAAACCAACGAAGGAUCUCUGGACAGUAUUAAUAUUUCUAACGUUUGGUUUCAUAUUGUCACCCAUUUUGAAAACUCUGACGGAAACGAUAAGUACCGAUACAAUUUACGCUAUGACGAUAUCGAUGUUUUUGACCCACUUAAUAUUCACAAAGUAUGGAUCAUCACAAAUCUGUCUCUCGGACUCCUUGUCCAUAACUUCCUCGAUCUUCGGCUCGUUAAUGUUGGCUUCUAGAUUAGCGUCACCGUUUCACGCCUUUUCGCUCUUGACAGUUUCAGUUCAGGGCUUUGUACUGUUACCUUACUUAUUGUCACAAAUAAAUAAUAAAAUUGUCGUAUCAACUAUUUUGACAAUUGGCACCAUAUAUUUUCUAUUAUUCGUUUCAUUAACAUUCUCUUAUGUUUUCAUUAUCGCUGUAGUAUUCAUUCAUUUUGUUUGUCCACUUUGGUAUAUCAGGUGCCAAAAAUAUAAAGAUAAUAUUUAUGGUCCUUGGGAUGAAGCUGUAAUUGCUUCUUAAAAAAAGUCUACGAAUAUUGUGUAGUUAUAAACUUAUACAUUGUGUGUGUGUAUACACUAUAUAUUUUUACAUAUGCAGAGAUAUGUAAGCCAAAAUUUUAUACUUGUACUAUUUGAAAUACAAUGUUAUAUAUUUAUUAUA